AUGAAAUCUAUUUACAGUCCGGGUAAACAACUGUCAUUGGAUGAAUCCAUGGUCUUGUGGCGUGGUAGACUUCUAUUCAGACAGUAUAUAAAAAAUAAAAGAUUCAAAUAUGGUAUAAAACUGUAUGUUUUAGCAGAACCCGAUGGCACCGUUCUAAAAUAUCAAGUGUACGCUGGUGCCAAUGAUGAAACUUCAGGCCAAGGUCAUGCUAGCAAAAUUGUUUUCAAACUUUUAGAAGAAAGAUUAGAUCGCGGCCACCAUGUGUACAUGGAUAAUUAUUACAACUCUUAUGGGUUGGCUCUCAAAUUGCUGGACCGACAGACAUAUUGCACAGGAACAAUAAGAAAAAAUCGAAAAGAUAAUCCGGUUGAAAUUGGAACUAUCCCGUUGAAGAAAGGUGAAAACAAAUCUUUGUUCUCGAACGGCGUCCAUAUUGGUAAGUGGAGGGACAAACGUUACGUAUUGUAUUUAUCUACGGAACAUGAUGACGAGAUGUUGGAAACUACAUCCAAAAGGGGUUCUGUGGUGUUGAAGCCGUCGGCAAUUGUCCACUAUAAUAAUUUUAUGUCAGGUAUAGACCUGCAAGAUCAGAUGCUGUCUUAUUAUCCAAUACAAAGAAAGACGCUGCGUUGGUAUAAGAAGCUGUUUAUACACAUGCUGCAAAUGAGCCUCAGCAAUGCAUGGCAUCUUUACAAUAAAUAUAGUUCAGUGGAUAAGCUUAACCUUUACGAUUUCCGUUUGAAAUUACUGGAAAGGCUUCUACCAGAUCCCAAUGAAAUCAACCGGCGCCAAGUUCUCAAAAAAAAGCACGUGCUUACCAAAAUUGAAAAGACCCGAACGAGGAUAAAGAGAAUUGGAAGAAUCGAGAAAGAAACAACUGAAGUUGUCCGAAAAGAAUGCAGAGGAUGUAGAGCCCUGAAAAAGCGAGUCCAAACAAUUUAUGAAUGUAAACAAUGCGAAGGUUCUCCAGGGUUCUGCACAAAGUGUUUUAGUGAACAACACUCCUAA